ACUCGACUCUCAACCGCUCACGCCCUGAUGUCGAACGAGCAUACACAAGCUGCGGUAUUAGUGGGAAAGCCGACGGACAUGGCCAGCAAGAGGAGUAUAAAAGCAGCUCACUGAGCCCCGACUUCCUCUGCAACACUGGAACGAUGCCGUGCCCAUUCAUUGUGCUGCUCUUCUUCUGAAUACGCGUAUCACAUCCCUCCCCCCCCGUGGAUCCGGUCCUGCUGUCAGCCAUGUCGCGCACCACAAGCCAGACGUCCACCGCCCGCGGUCGCGAUGACAUUGUCGAGCAGGUAUCCCUCCCCUCCUUGAGCCGCAGCCAUGAGGGCACCACGCCUGCCGCCGAGGUGCCCCCCGGCAUCACCGUCGGGCAGUCCCGCAAGCUCUCCAACGCCCAGACCGCGACAGUCAUGGCCUGCCUCUGCGCGUGCGUCUUCGUGUCCGCCCUCGACGUCACAAUCAUCACUACCGCCUUGCCCUCCAUUGCCGGCCUCUUCGCCUCCAACUCGGGCUACACCUGGGUCGGCACCAGCUUCAUCCUCGCCCACACCGCCAGCACGCCCACUUGGGGCGGCCUGUCGGACAUCUGGGGCCGCCGGCCCGUGAUCCUGGCUGCCUGCGCCGUCUUCUUCGCGGGAAGCCUGAUUUGUGCCGCGGUCGACUCUGGUCUCGGGUCCUUCGUCGCCGGGAGGGCCGUCCAGGGUGUAGGCGCGGCGGGCCUCACGACCAUGGUCAACAUCUGCAUAGCCGACAUGUUCCCGCCCAGGGACCGCGGCUUGUACUAUGGCCUCACGUCUGUUGUCUGGGCCGUUGCCAGUGGCGUGGGGCCCGUUAUGGGAGGGGUGUUUACGAGUAGACUGACCUGGAGAUGGUGCUUUUGGAUCAAUCUCCCCAUUACCGGCGCGGCGUUUCUCCUCCUCUGCUUCACCCUGAAGCUCUUUUCACCGAGAACGCCGCUACGCGCGGGUCUCGCCGCAAUCGACUGGACGGGCAGUCUCCUUGCCGUGGGAGGCUCACUCAUGCUCCUCCUCGGCCUCUACUUCGGCGGGGUGUACGAGCCAUGGCACUCCGCCACCGUCAUAUGCCUUAUAGUCUUCGGGUUCCUCACGGGCGGCCUUUUCGUGCUCAACGAGUGGAAGCUCGCCGUCUACCCCGUCAUGCCUAUUCACCUCUUCCGCACGGUGUCGUCUGCAGCAGCAUACGGCCUCUGCUUCUUCCAUGCGUUUGUGUUCCUCGGCGUGGCGUAUUACCUGCCCAUGUACUUUCAGUCGGUUCUACUAGCCGGUCCGUUGACGUCUGGCGUGUACCUGCUGCCGUACAUACUCUCUUCUAGUCUCUCGGCGGCGCUGACGGGUGUCUUCAUCCAAAGGACCGGCAAGUACAUGCCCGCCGUGUACUGUGGCACGACGGCCAUGACGCUCGGCGUCGGCCUGCUCAUUGACGUAGGCAUGGACAAGAACUGGGCCCGGCUCGUGGGCUUCCAGAUCAUUGGCGGCGUCGGCGCGGGCAUGAACUUUGAGGGCCCGCUGCUCGCCGUGCAAGCCGUCGUGCCGUCUCGCGACGUAGCCGCCGCCACGACUACCAUGGGGUUCACGAGGACCAUAUCGACGGCCAUUUCCGUUGUCAUUGGCGGCGUCAUUUUCCAGAAUGAGAUGAAUGGUAAGCGGGAGCUACUGAUGCGGAAAGUCGGCGACGAACUUGCCGCGCGGUUCGACGGGGCGACCGCGUCUGCGAACGUGGAGCUGGUCAGGACGCUGGCCCCUAUGCAGCAGCUCGCAGUCAGGACGGCGUACUACGACGCCAUGAGGUCUAUGUGGAUCAUGUACACCGUCAUGUCUGCCGUGGCUAUGCUCACCGGUCUUUUGAUCCGGGGCCACCACUUGCACAAAGAGCAGCAAGAACCGGCUCUCGGACUGGGCAACGAGCGCGAGAUUGCGACUCAAGUCACACAAUAAGGACUCGUCUAGUUUGGUGUCAAUCAAGGUCACGCGGCACUAUUAUUCUGUAGUAGACAGGGUUGGAACAUUAGUACAGUAUAGAUAGGGAAGGCGUGUGUGUUGCCGUCUUCUGCAUUUGCCCCACACCUGCAGGCGCCCCUGGCU